CCGCCGGCUGGCGCAGAUGCAGGUGCUCUGCUGCUGCGCUGCUGCUGCGCUGCUGCUGCGCUGUGCCCGCCGGCCGCUGACGCGAAUCUCCAGCGCUCCACCUUGCGCUGCCCAUUUUGCGUUUGGCGCAGCUGCGCCCAACUUCUCCCUGUCUAUGUCUCCUCUCCACGUCCUGCAUCUCCUUCUCUCUUGCAUCUGGAUCCCACCCUCUCGCCUCAGUCGCACAGCCUCCUGCACACAGCCACGACACCGCACAUCGCACUCUCACUACAGGCUUGCAGCGCCAGGACAUGGCUCUCCCUCUGGCGCGGCCCACCAUGCUUCCCUCCUCGCCUCCGGCGCACGGCGUAGCGAAGGCCACACCCAUUCCUGCCUCGUCUGCCGCCGCUUCCUCUCACGGCAACAGCAGCGGCGGCGGCGGCGGCGGCGGCGGCGGAGGAGGCUUCGGACGCCUGGCACGUUCCCUCUCUCUGCGCGCUCGCAAGACACCGGCAGAGCGGGCGGCGGAGAAGGAGAAGGAGCGCGCUGCUGCUGCUGCUGCGGCGGCGGCGAGCACUGCGAGUACUGGUGGCUCGAGCAGCACAGCGGCAGGAAGCGGCAGCAGCGGCAGCAGCGGCAGCGGCAGCGUCGCCAGCAGGCUCGAGACUCGACGACCGCGUCUGGACACUCGCCGUCCCAGCACGAGCGGCGAGCUUCGCUCCGUCGCCGCUCCUGCAGCUGUCUCGAAUGCCUCGCCGACGACCACGCCGCCAGUGACGACGGCGGGCAACAGCUCGUACGUCGCGUGGGGCCGCACGCCUCGCGUCGAGUUCGAGCACGUCACUGCCACAACGUCACGCUCGUCAACUGAGGAGCGCAAGGCGCGAGAGGCACGAGAGGCACGCGCCGGCGUGGUGGAGCUGCGAGAUGCUCCUGUGAGCAGGGGCAGCUGGGAACGAGAGCGAGAGGAGAAGAAGGAGAAGCGCCGCUCGAGGAGCGCCAGUGCCAGUGCUGGGGCAGGCACCAACGCCAUGCAAGGGAGUACAUCGCUCGUCAAGAAGCUCUCCAUUCGGCGCAACAAUGCCGCUGCGACUGCGUCCAGCGCGAGCAGCACGACGAAGAACGACGCGAGCAUAGCCAAGGCACGUCCGACUACUCCUCGCCGGCACAGUCGAGGCGAAGCAGCGCGCACGCUGGUGCGCACAGAUGAGGAACUCGCCUUGCUGCCUCGACGCUCCUUCGACUCGCUUUACUCCUCCUACAACGAGAAGAGCGGCAUCGAGCCUUCAUCUCCAGAGCGCACUCGAGCAUCAGAAGCCGUGCCUUCGACGCCCUCUCGCCACGCACGCACCAACAGUGGCCGCGCGCUGAUCUCCUCUACGCCUCGCGCAAAGCCUGCGCGCGAAGGAAGCGCCUUGCCGCGCGCCGAUGCGUUUCCGGGCGGCUAUUGGCCCCCUCCGCCGUAUGCUGCGGGCGGGAAAGGAGAGGAGGAGAAUGGGGAAGUGUGGGACGAGGAAGCGCGAGAGAGGAGAGAGGGGCUCAGAGGCAAGGCACCGCCUUAUUGGGUGGUCAAACGAGGGUGGAGGAAGGGGAUCUACGACACGAAGCAAGAGGCGGAGGAACAGGUCAAGAAUUUCCCUGGCCCGCUCAUGCGCUGCUUCGACGAUGCCGACGAGGCUGUCCUCUUCCUCUGCGCCAAGACAGCACAGCCCAAGCCGGCCCUGCUGCGUUCCGAGUCCUCUGACUCGCUCCGUCCCACGCCGACCAUCUCCACCUCUACGUCCUCCAACGGAGCGUCGGGCCUCUCGCGCUCGCGCUCUCUCGCUUCGCCCAUCUCUGCGUCCGAGACGAGGAUUCGCGGCCCGCUGGCAGGGGUCAGAGAGACGGAGAGUCGAUAUCUGAGUAGCCUGAGUCCUAUUUGGGAUGCUACGCCGUCCGGCUCGCCUACUAUGACGCGCGAUUGGAAGCCCUUCGAGGCAGUGGCGGCGAGUCCGGUGCAGCAGAGAGAGGCCGAGGAGCUGGCAAGCUCGACUGCACCAAACCUGUCGGGCGCGCAAGAAGGUCCCUUCGCGGACCAGCCGAUGUCGGCGGACGUCGCUUCGCCCGAGCCGAUCACGCCUACAUCUGCAACAUCGACGCACUCGCAGCGCAAAACUCCAGUGCUGCCCAUGCGCGGCAGCAGUGUGCUCGUCUCUACGCCGUCCGACGAGGUCUCUCCACUCGGCGGCGCGCCCGCUGCCGCACCAUCUCGGCCGUCGAUCAGCGAACGCACGCCCUCCUUAACGCGCGCAGCCUCGCUCGGCCAAGAAGCGUUCUCUCCUCAAAUCCGGCCACUCUCUCCCUCCAAUCCGUUCCGGCGAUCGCCCACGCCUGGCAGUAACGGCAUGGUGCGCCUUGGCUCAACGGACGGGAUGCCGCCCAUCACUCUCGAGCCGCCUUCUUCGCCCCUUACUCUUGGCGAGGUCGCUGCGCCACACAGCGCAGGCGCAACAAGCGUGCUCUUCGUGCCUGACCUCGCCGUAGCUCAGCAGUUCUAUGCGCCGCUGCUGCGCGCGGCGGUGCUGAGCGCCUCGCACGCACAUGUCCUGCUGCAACCGCAAGACUGCGACGCGCGUCUCAUGUUGCGCACCGCCUCUGCACCGACGAGCGCGGGCACUGCACUCCUAGAGAUGCCCAGCGAGACGCUGCUGAGCCUUGUUGCGCAUCUGCGCCAGACGACGGGUGGAGAGGUCGUCCUGGCAGACACUGCAUGGGGCACACAAGAAGCACGUCUCACAUCUCCCGACUCCUCAGUCCUGCUCCUCUCCACGCCUCUCUAGUUCUCCUUUCUCCUCACACAUCGCUUCUCCACAACUGCCGCGUCGCAUCGCUAAUGACAAGUGACGUAUUACGCUC